ACACAGCGGAUCACCGAUUACGGAAACAGCCAAAGAUGUCGGCUCAGUCAUGUGAUCAGCUGUGUCCAAUCACAGCUGAUCACAUGGCACUGAUGAUCAGUGUGCCCUGAUGAUCAGUGUAGCCCCAGCAGUGCCACCUGUCAGUGUCCAUCAGUGCCAGCUGUCAGUGUCCAUCAGUGCCACAUCAAUGCCACAUAUCAGUGCCUACCAGUGCACAUCAAUGCCACAUAUCAGUGCCCAUCUGAGCUGCCUUUCAGUGUCACCCAUCAGUGCCAGUCAGUGUCACCUAUCAAUGCCAAUCAGUGCCACCUGUCAGUGCUGCCAAUCAGUGCCACCUAUUAGUGCCAGUCAGUGCCGCCUAUCAGUGCCAUGUAUCAGUGCUGCCUUUCAGUGCCCAUCAGUGAUGCGUGUCAAUGCCCAUCAGUGCCACCAUCAGUGCCAGUCAGUGCCGCCUAUCAGUGCC